AUGAGACUCGAGAGCUCAGAACUUUACACCAUAGGGUGGAUUACUGCUCUUCACAUAGAACGUGCGGCGGCUACUGCGUUCCUAGACGAUGUCCACGAGUCGCCGGAAAGGUUUCAGCAGAACGCUUCAGACCAGAAUUCAUAUACCUGGGGUCGAAUGGGCAAGCACAAUAUUGUCAUUGUCUCACUUCCUGAAGGUGCUGACGGGACCGCUGCUGCUGCGACUACGACCUCGAAACUCCUCUCGUCUCUCCCUCAGAUCCGAAUCGGUCUUCUAGUGGGAAUCGGUGGUGGCGUAGCUCAACCUCACAAAGGACAGGAUAUCCGGCUUGGGGACAUCGUCGUCGGCAAACCUGAAGGAAAGUACGGAGGGGUCGUCCAGUAUGAUCAUGGAAAAGCACUGCGAGGCCCGGCAUGGCAGCCACGACAUGAAAGGGAUGGAUCGGAUAUUCCCCGUUUGCUCGACGAAUUCUGGAAGUCAAACCCUAGGAUGAAGAAUGGAGCGAACGGCAACCCAGGAUACGUCCAUCAAGGAUUUGAGCAUGACCGGUUGUUUCAGUCCACUUAUAAUCAUGUUUCAGGCAGCAGGUGCAAAGAUUGCGACCAAUCUCAGGAGAUUAAGCGCGUUGAAAGAGAAGAUGCUGACCCGAGAAUUCACUACGGGCUUAUUGCUUCAGGGAAUACAGUAGUCAAAGAUGCUGUUUUCAGGGAUGAAAUUUCCGAGGUUAUUGGGCAGGGCUGCAUGUGCUUUGAGAUGGAAGCUGCCGGUCUCAUGGAUAGCUUUCCCUGCCUUGUGAUACGAGGCAUUUGCGACUACGCUGACUCGCACAAGAACGACCGGUGGCAGAGAUAUGCUGCUGCGACGGCGGCUGCGUUUGCAAAGGAGUUGCUCGGCUACGUUCCAACUGCACAGCUCAACGCAACACAGCGAGCUAUUGAAUUGCUUAGUUCAAAUGCCGCCUUUGACUCGCAUGCCGAGGAACACAACCGUACUUGUCUGAAAGAUACACGGGUCGAUGUUCUGCAAGAUAUAGCCACAUGGGCUGUUUCAUCAGGGACCGGCAAGUCUACCAUAUCACGCACUAUUGCUAGGUCAUUCGCCAAGCAAGGCAUCCUGGGAGCUAGCUUCUUCUUCAAAAGAGGCGAAGGUGAUCGAGGCAAUUCAUCGAAGGUUAUUACGACAAUUGCAGCUCAAGUGGCAGAAAAAUACCCAGCCAUAUCUCCUCUAGUUGCGAAAGCUCUUGAGAAUGACUCCAGGAUUGUUCACAAAGCAUUACGAGAGCAGUUCCAGGAACUUAUUCUGAAACCUCUACAAACAAAUUCACAGCACGUUAGGAAGAACUCCGACCCUAUUGUCAUUGUUAUCGACGCCCUAGAUGAGUGUGAUUCAGCUGAUGAUAUUGAGCUUCUUAUCUUUCUGUUUUCUCGCACUGAGGGUUUACAAUCCGUGCGGCUGAAAACUUUCGUUACCAGCCGUCCCGAGUUAUCGACUCGUCAAACGUUUAGCCAAAUGUCUGGCAAAUACAACGAUUUGGUAUUGCAUACUAUCCCGCAGCCAGUGGUGGAGACUGAUAUAUCUCUUUUUCUCCAUCAUGAGAUCAAGGAAAUCCGAGACAAAUAUAAUGCUUCAGUAUCAAAUCACCGCUGCCUGGCCACGGACUGGCCAGGCCAAUCUACCAUCCGGACACUUAUCAAAAUGGCAGUCCCGCUGUUCAUUUUUGCUGCUACAAUUUGUCGCUUCCUUAAUGACCGUAGAUGCGGGAAUCCAGAUAAACAGCUCGAAGAAAUUCUUCGUUUCGAAACACGAAGCCAAGAGUCACAACUAGAUGCAACAUACUUGCCUGUUCUGGAUCAGCUGUGGAAUGGGCUUUCCAAAAGGCAGAGAAAGAACAUGCUCGAGCAAUUCCGGCUCAUUAUUGGAUCUAUUAUCAACCUCGCAAGUCCCUUGUCGAUUUCCUCUCUAAGUGCACUCCUUGACGUCCCGAGAGCGGACAUCAAUGACAAAUUAGACUUGUUGCAUUCCGUCUUAAGCAUCCCGCCGUCAGAAGAUAAACCUAUAAGGCUACUGCACCUGUCCUUCCGCGACUUCCUGCUAGACCCUGAUAAGCAGAAUAGGAAUGACUUUUGGGUUAAUGAGAAGCAAGCUCAUAGUGUGAUUGCGACAAACUGCCUUCGCGUAAUGGAUUGCCUUCGGCAAGAUAGUUGCGAUAUAAAAGAUGUCGGUACGCACCAGUCUACAAUCAGUCGACGGAGAAUAGAUGAUUGCCUUGCUUCAGAGGUCCAGUAUGCUUGCCAAUACUGGGUACAUCAUACACAAGAAGCGGGAACAUACGCCCCCGAUAGUGGAAUAGUGUAUCGAUUUCUCACUCAGCACUUUCUCCAUUGGCUGGAGGCUUUAAGUCUUCUGGGCAAGUUAUAUUCCUCACUUGUUGUAUUUGCGCCGCAAAAUAGUAAAGUCCGAGCUCUUUUUGAAAACGAAAUUCCUGGCUGGAUUUUACUGAAGCCCAAGACAGAUGGCGAUUGGACUCCAUGUUUGCAAACACUUGAGGGCGUAAACAAGGCCGUCUUCUCUCACGAUUCAACGUUGGUAGCUUCACUUGGGAAUAAUGAAAAGAUUCUAGUUCAGCGGGUAAAUACGAGCGAAUGUGUACAGGUUUGGAAUACCCAAUUUGGUAAUGAGUCCUCCUCGUCAGUUGUGUUGAUAUCCUUUUCACACGACGGGGAGCUCCUUUUGACAGUCUCUACGGCCGGGACAGUAAGAGCCUGGCGCGUAAGUACAGGAGAGUGCACGUGGACUUUUGCAACAGGCCCGUAUUGCGAACCGUUAUCAUUCUCACAUGAUGCAAAGCUCCUAGCCUUAUGUUUUGGAGAUCGUAUCGAAGUCUGGUGUGUAGAAAUACGGAAAUGCAUUCAGACUCUCCCGGGCGGUGAUGACUGGCCUCAGAGGCCAUUCUUCUCACACGACUCACUGCUAUUGAUAACAGUCCAUAGGGAAACGAUUCGAACGUGGCGCAUAGAUACAGGCGAGUGCAUACAAAAAGUUUACGUACAUGAUUUGGAGAGUUGGGAUAGCGUUUCGUGGGAUCUGGCCACUCUUUCACACGAUGCAAGGCUUUUGGCUUGCCCGGCUAAGCGGGGAGGCAAAAUCAAUAUCUGGUGUGCAAAAACGUGGAAGCUCAGACGAGUUCUUCUAUGCCACAUGGACGAGAGGGUCGUAACUUCUCCGCUCGCGUUCUCGCAUGACUCUGCACAACUGGCCUCAGGUUCUAACGAUGGCAGUAUACGAGUAUGGAGCGUCAAUACGGGCGAGUGUAUGCGCAUUCUCAACGGUCAUCUGGAACCCAUCUUUUGGGUAGCUUUUUCGCAUGACUCAACCAUGAUACUCUCGAUUAGUACUCCUCUGGAUACUAUUCUACGAAUCUGGCACACAAAUUCGAGCGAGCGUGUGCAGGUCCUUGAACACCAUAAAGGCCAAGUCCUCGGGUUGAUAUUCUCACCUGAUUCAAGGCUAAUAGUCACAAAGGCUAUAAGGGACACACACAUACUAGUUUGGAACACAGAAAACGGCGAGUCGCAUGCAUUAAGGGGUCAUCAGGCCCUCAUCAGGUCCGCAGUCUUCUCGCCCGACUCUGCACUGCUCGCUUCAGCCUCCGACGAUGCAAUAUGCAUCUGGAGGGCGACAACAGGCGAGUGCAUACACACACUCCAGGGGCAUGGUUCCUCUUUAUGCUUUUCUCAUGAUUCGAAGCUCCUAGCCUCAGGAUCCCGUGAUGGAACGAUACAGACUUGGCACACAGAUAAAGGACAAUGUAUGCACACUCUUCAAGGAUUACCAAAUAGGAGGUAUAUCGGGAACAUUGCGCGGCUGGUUUUCUCGAAUGACUCGACACUCUUGGUAUCGUCCGAUUGUGAAUCGGUUCUUUCAUGGCGAGUUGACACAGGCAAGUUCAAAGACGUCCUGGAGACGGGUGGUAGAUGGCCUGCAAUAGCUCUCUCGCAUGAUUCACAACUGGUGGCUAUUUCCAAAAAGCAAUCAGGAAAUGCCAUAAUCAUUCGACGUUUGAAUGCGGGCAAAUGCGUGCACAGUUUCCCUAUCGGCGACGGAGAUAUUGGCCAGUUGAUCUUUUCUCACGACUCUCGACUGCUAGCUGCAAUGAGUCGUGACGGAACUGCUAGAAUUUGGCACAUCAAUACAGGCGAGUGCGUGCAAUAUUUCCAUGUGGGGACACGCACCACAAUGCUAUCUUUUGGAAGAGAUAGUAGGCAACUAAUAACCGAUCAUGGCACCUUCAUGCUGCAGGGCAUGUCUCCUAUGCGACGGGGGCUCUUGGACUCAGUCGAAUGUUCCAUACGUGCACAAGAGACUCCUUACUCUGUAGGAGAAGAUCGUUCAUGGGUCGAAUUCAAUGGACAGAAGUUGCUCUGGCUGCCAGUUGACUAUCGCCCUGGGUGUUGGGCCGUUUCAAAAUCUACUAUUGUGUGGGGAUGCCCGUCUGGAAAGGUUUUUCUUAUCAGGUUUGCUAGGGAUGAAGAUUCAGAAUCCCCAGGUCCAACUUUCCAGAAUAAAUAUACCCCUGGGCAAAUAAGUAGACUACUCAAAUAG